AUGCAGGAGCUGGAAUACGAAACAGACGUCGCAACUUUGGAGUCGGACACGUUUCGGACGUUUGUCGAGAAGUUCUUCGCAGCCGCUGCGGCUACUGCCGACCGUGAUGUAUUGCUGCAACAGCUGAAAGAUCGGACUGGCGUCGACAUCCAGGAGAAGACAGACAAGGGCGAGAUGCCAAACGAUAUGGUGGACAAGCUGCUUUCCGCCAGCAGCGUCGAGAUCUUCCCUGUGCAGCUUCCGACAAAGGACACAGGAUUCCACGCAGUGAGCGUGUACCUGGAUGACAAGGGUGUGGCCAAGAGCUUGGAGGAGAACAUCCGCGUCUCCGGGCUGGUGCAAGCCUGUGGAUAUCCCGGUCAGACAUUCAGAGGGGACUGCUUUGUCGGAAGGGUCUUCGACGACACCGAGGAUGAGUGGAGGAGGAUGGAUUUCACCCUGAAGGAUUGUAGCACUGAUGCGGACUGGAUCCAGCAGACAAAGAUGCAGCGCGCAAACAGGAAGCAAGGCGAUUUGCAAAGCCUGGCGAAUAGCAUGGGCGUCAACAAUCCAGCUCAGAUCAACCCUUCCACGCUGGCAGCUGAUGCUCCACAGGGUGAAACUGCAGAUUAUUCUUGGAAGCAGUCAGAAGAUGAAGUUGAGGUCACCUUCAAGAAGGACGGCUUGCAGAAAGGUGACAAGAAGUUCGUGAAGGUGGCUUUUGGACGCAAGCGGCUAAAAGUUUCAGUCAAGGACCAGGUGAUCAUCGACUCGGCACUUGCCGGCAACACCACUGCAGAUGAGUGCACCUGGACCCUCAGCGACGGUAUACUUCAAGUCACGCUGGCCAAGGCAGAUGGAGACACCUGGCCUUGA